AUGAUCACAGGUGGGACAUCGGGCAUCGGAUUCGCUAUCGCCGAAAGAUUCCUACAGGAAGGGGCAUCCUCGAUUGUCCUGGUGGGAAGAUCUCAAACACGUCUCCGAGAAGCAGCCACCAGACUAACCUCCUUAACUGGUACAUCGGCUGGUCUUGAUGAAAGCAACGGCAUAGUUGCAACACGCGCCCCAGAGGAGGACAUCCAGCAAAGCACGCCAGAAAAGAUCCGUCUUCUUGUUGGAGAUGUUUCAGAAGCAGGAUCAUGGAUGCGGGAACUCGAGAAGGAAAUGGCAAAUGUAGACAUCCUAGUCAACGCAGCCGGAAUCUCCAUUUCAAACAUCUUGCCCAGGUCCGAGCUGGAGGAUAUCUCCAAGACAUUGCGCACAAACCUCGAAGGCGCAAUGAUCACCUCGCGAGCGUUAAUGCGCGCCUUGAUUCGCAACCGGAUCCGCAAUCGAAAUGAUCCAGCUGCCGGGAACAGACUUUCAAAGUGCAUUAUUAACGUUUCCUCGUUGCUAGCCAUCAAGGGUGGAACUGGUGCGGUCCCAUAUGCGGCCUCUAAGGCUGGUUUGUUGGGCUUGACUCGGUCUUUGGCUGUUGAGGCGUCGGCUUCAUUAAAGGAUAUUGUGAUUCGGUCGAAUGCGAUUGUGCCGGGUUAUAUUGAAACUCCCAUGAUUGCAGAUUUCACACCUGGAGAAAUGAGCAGGCUGAAGGAUCUCAUUCCUCUUCAUCGAUUUGGAGAUCCGCGCGAGAUUGCCGAUGCUGCUGUUUUCUUGGCGCAGAAUGAAUAUGCGAAUAAUUGUGUGCUUAAUAUCGAUGGUGGUUUGAGUGCUGUUUAG